GCUCGCGUCUCAUCCCUCGUGUCAAGCUCCUGGCCAAUGAGAGCGCGCGUCUUUAUCCCACCGCAACAGCUCCCCCCUCCCCCUCAUCGUCCCGAGCCCUCAGCCAAUGGGGAGCUCGCGCAUCACCCCCUGAUCUCAAAUCUCCCGGCCAAUGGGAGCUCGCGCAUCACCCCCUUGUCUCAAGCUCUCAGCCAAUGGGAGCGCGCGUCUCACCCCCCUGGUCUCAAGCUCUCAGCCAAUGGGAGCGCGCGUCUCACCCCUGGUCUCAAGAUCUCAGCCAAUGGGAGCGCGCGUCUCAGCUGUCGCUGGGGGGUGGCUGUUUACCUCACCGCAGCGCGUCCAAACGUCCUCGCGUCUCCGCUGUUUCGUCUUCUCCGCCUCCUCCUCUUCCUCCUCCUCUUCGUCGUCUCCUCGGGCCCCCCUCGACACUUCCAAGCAGUCGUAGUGGUGGUGGUGGUGGUGUUGAUGUCCUCAGUGGAAGCGAUGGACUCUCUGGAGGUGGCACCGGCGGCGCCCGAGCUCCACGCUGAGGCGCACGCCCAGGACCUGAACGUCGCCACCAGGAAGGGCAAGGCCAGGAAGGCCAAGGUGGCCAUCAAGGUGGGCGUCAAGUCGUCUCCCGCCAAGCCGCCCUACCUGCACGUCGGCGGCGGCGGCGGUGGUAGUGUCGCCGGCGGCAAGAAGAAAAAGAAGAAGAAGAAUCAGCCGGGAAAGUACAGCCGGCUGGUGAUCGACGUGAUCCGCGCGCUGGGUGAGCGAGGCGGUUCAUCGCUCGCCCGCGUGUACGCCGAGGCGCGCAAGGUGGAUUGGUUCGACCAGGAGCACGGGCGCACCUACCUCAAGUACUCGGUGAAGGCACUGGUGCAGAAUGACACACUCCUGCAGGUGAAGGGCACGGGCGCCAACGGCUCCUUCAAGCUGAACAAGAACAAGCUGGAGAAGAAGGCGGCGGAAGAGAAGGGAAAAUCCAAGCCUCCCGCCCCCACCUCCUCCGAGCCGGUGGGCAAGAAGAGCGUGGUGAAGGCCGAGCCCAAGGCGCUGAGGGGCAUAACCGAGAAAAAGAAGAAGAAGAAGAAUGAGCAGAAGCAGAAGAGCCUCAAGGAGAAGAACAAGAAGGUCAAGCAUUCCAAGAAGUCCGUGAAGACCUCGGUGGGAAAGUCGGUGUCCAAGGCCAUCGCGAAGGGGAAGAAGCCGACCAAGGUGUCCAAGGUCAAGAGGGUUUAGGCCCCCCGCGCCAGCGCUGGCGUUCUCUAAUCAGCCCCGGGCUUCUAGCGUCACUGAGUUAAGGAGUAAAUGCCGUCGUCGGUUUAGCGCGUGGGUUUUCGCCGCCAUUAUUAUGAAGCGUAAUUGAUUUUUUCGGUAAUUUGGCCAAAUUUAUUUUGCGAGACCUUCCACCAGCAGAUAAAAGCCAAAAUCAGGUCAAUGGUCACGUGUACGAGUGUUUACCAAUGCGCCGAUUAUUCUUCUGUCGGGUCUCUCACUCGAGAGUUGACAAAACAUUUUUCGAAUGGCUGAAUUUAGCAGCAAUUGGGUUCUGGAAUUUGGUUCUGAAAAUUACGUAGCCUAACCUCGGAGCUCACUUCUCAGUCGCCGGCAUUAGUCUAGCGCUGCUGUGGUUCUCAGUUUGGUACUCGGUUAUUGAGUUACACUGAGUAAACGUGGCAUUCUUGUCGGGUGGUAAAGGGUUAAUGACAAGACAUUUGGCAUAAAACUAUAACGUGGCCUAACACCCAAAAACGAUGGGAUUGUCUUAUUGGCUACAGACACCUACAUUUCAUGCAUUCUCUAUUUCAUUGGAAUGGUCAGCGACCAGAAUCAGAAUCUUUAUUUAGACUGUAGGAAUCCAAUGGGCUAUGAAGCUCUUUUUCCAGUAUUUCAAAGGUGUCCAGAUUAACAAUCCAAACUACAACCGAGGCGUAAUUGAUCACAAACACAUAUUCGUCAAUGCAGCUCUACAUUGACGCAGUCAUUAAUGUAGGGUUUUUUUUUCUUUUCUCAAGGCUUAUGUUGCUAUAAUUGUGCGUGCUCCUCUCUACAGAGCUCCUUUUACCCUGCAAAAAUAUCCGAGCUCAGCUAUUUUCCUAAUGUAUGGCCGCCACGGCAUCGAAAUAUCCUAUUGUCCAGCGCCCGGGGGAUUGUGAAUCGGUCACUCCGUGCCCUCGCUCAAGAGACAAAUUUGCUUGGUGAGAAUCGCUUAGCCGGGAUCCCCUGAGCCACGAGAUCGGCAGCAGUGUCGUACACACUAAGUGCCCGCCCACUCCACUGUCGCCAAAUUGACCGCCACCCCGCCGUGGGUUCCUUACAAAUUCUAGAUCACUCUGAAGAUAACGUUACACCGGGCCACUCUCACACCAACUCGGAAUCGUUUGCGGUUGAUGCUGUUGCUACGGCAGAGUCUUUGAGUUGGUGCUUUGGUCUUGCUGGGUGUUGGCUUAAUUCCGCCGUGGUUGCUCACGUUGGCUGGCCGUGCUGCCCCACUCCCCCCGCCCACCCCCUCCCGCUGAGUGAGUACACCAGAAAGUAACUUAAAAAAAAUUGAUUGAACAGUUUAAUGGGCAAAAACAUUGAACAGAAAAUGUCACAUCCGUCAAUAACGCCUCAACAAAAAAUAUUUUAAAGAAGUUCACGAAUAACACCGAGGCCUUAAUAGGAAAAGUAUACGAUAGGUCACGUUUCGGGCAAUGGUCCUUCAUCAAAGCUAAGUAUUCAGAAGUGCACAAGCACAAUUAAUAAACUCGCAUUCGUGAACAACAACAACAGUGUCUCCACAAAAAAACAGAUCGUUGCGCGCAAAUCAAGUUUAAUGUUGCACAAAAUGACCUGCAUUAUACAAACACUUCCAAUGGGUGGUAUCUCGUCAAGGGGCAUAAACCAUCGCGCGAACUGUCAUCGCUCGCAGUGAUGGCUUUUAACUCACCAGCGAACAAAGACUCCACGUAUUGCGCUUGUGCAGAUGCGCUUCUGCAGCAAUCAGCAAAGCUCUUCCGAUAUUAGGAAGCCACUGAAGUGAUGCGCUUUUAAAUCAUAUAGCUUGAAAUCUCAUUUAUUUACAACCGAUUUUUACGUUCAGUUUGGUUGUCCUUCCCCCACACCUCCGAUUAGCACGGUUGGCUAUGUAUGGUGCGAAAAAGGUUUUACAUACGUGCACACAUAAGGUGGACCGCUGGAUUCUAAUUGCAUACUCUGGACUCCAGGGUGCACGAGCGGCCAAUUUUUUUUAUUCUAGGUCAAGGCUUAAACGUCAUGGGCUGGGUCAGUGUCAAGGUAGGUUAAGGUCAACAUCUGGGAGACCUACACCAUAAUCCACAAUCCAGAUUCUGGACUCCAGCGUCCUGAAUCCAGUCUCUAUACCCAAGAAUCUGGAGUGCUGGUUUUGUAUUCCAGGCUCCAUGGUCCGGGUCUUUAGGUGGAAUUCUCCUCGCUCAGCACGGAGGCAGAGAAGCAGAGAGCCAGGAAGUGAAUUUGACAUUGGUGUAGAUCAGGGGUCAGAAACCAAAAUAACAAUAAGAGCCUUUUUCGAAUUCGGUAAAAGAAUGCAAUAUUUGAAGAGCUGCAAUACAUGUGAAUACGAGACGGUGGUCCUGAAUAAAUAACAUCACGAAGCAGUCCUUAAAGAGCCGCAUGCGUCUCCGGAGCCGCAGGCUUCUGACCUCUGGUGUUGAUGAACCGAGCCAGCUUGCAUGAUCCAAACAUUAAGUGUAGAUCCCUGUGUGAUCUCUUUAUCGAGUGUGCAUGCGGUGCAGCUGCUCCAGACCUAUGAGCCGGAGGGGUCCAGGCAUUCAGCUUAAGAGAAGGGGGUGGGGUGGGGGGGGGUAGUGGACACGGUGCCAACCACGCCACGUCACUGAUGCCAAAACACACGGCUACCCCGGUGAUGUGUGCACCGAUUUGUGUCCGGUCACUUCGCUGCACAAAUUACCAUCUGGUGAAGUGGAGUUUUCGCAUCAUUUUGGUCAAGCACCGCUUGGAGGUCAAUGUGUGUAGUUAAUAGGAUGAUGUAGUGAACCACUGCAUGCACGGCUUAUUUGUCAGUCCGCCGCUGGAUGAUGGCCUCUCCAUGCCAUGCGGUUCGUGAGGGUUAUUUGACCGUGCUGGUCAGUGCGGGUUGGUGAAGGUGGGGAGCUUAGUUGUCAGACUCGUACAUCAUGUAGCCGAUCCGCCCUGUCCCUGUCCUGCAGAUUCUAACGAGGGGGACACGUUAGCUAAGUAGACCGACAAAAAAGUUCGGAGACGAGUAGAUACUGCGUGUUGUGUUCUAUCCUCCGGAGAAGUGGGCGACUCCACAGCAGCUGGGCACCAGAGGUUUAUCGAACGGCUAAACGUUAUUUCAAAGUGUUCAGCACGGAGUCUGCCUAAAUUUAUAUCGGGGGCGUGCCCCGUGCUCUCCAGUGCAUGUGGGGCUCGCCGUCCUAUCCCUAGUCAUCAUUGCCUUCUCAUAUAAUACAAAAACGCACCUGGCUCUCAGUAGCAAUUAGCAGAGUACACAAUUAUAUAAGUGUAAUUGAUCAAAGGUGAGUUCACACCGGCUACAAUUAAAACUAUGUAAAUUUCUGCACUCCCUUCUGCUGAUAAUGUAGCGAGUGCAGUGCAGGAGUGUGGAGACAGGGCAAGGGAGGCCGUUUGAAUUAUCACCUUCAGGGUUUGUGAGUGAUAUCUCUGCUCCUUGUUUGGCCAGUCCUCCGAAUGGACCCUUUGCAUUGUGUUCGGGGGAGCGGUACGGUAGUGAGCGUGCAGCGCUAGGAAGAGCAGCAAUGUUGUUUGAGCGGUGGUGACUUUGGAGAGCUGUGAAGGUGGCCACGUGUGCAAAGCGGUCUCCCACCUCUAGUGCGGAUGCCCCUUCAGUUUCACAACCACCGGCUGAAGCUUAAGAAAUGUUUAAAUGUUACCUUUUUGCGAACAGGUAAAGCCUUAUAUUUACUUGUGUGGCCAUGUUACAACAUCUGUGCGGUGGUGACUAUGCACGUGGCCUGCAAUCCAUCACUGUGAAGGCAGUAAGGGUUCGUGGAUCACCGCACACAUUUUGCAAAACUUCCUUCCCGUGGUAAUCAAGGAGGAGCCAAACCCUGGCUCGCCAGAAAAAGGGAGUAAUGCAAAGUAUGAACAGAAUAUAUCUUUACUGAAUCGAGUGUUGCCCCUCGCACGGGUGGGUUUUCUCCGAGGUGCUCCGGUUUCCUCCCACAUGUUAAAACGCUCAUCAAUUGGCAGAAAACAUCUAAAUAUAUAGAGGACCGCAGAGCUUGGGAAAUUGUUGGUAGUGCCGGCUCCAUGCGUGAUUGCUGCCUUCCAGCUUUGUGGUUCGCAAGGAGAUUGGGAGAUGCUAUUUGGAUGAACGAUGACGCUAUAUGUAAUACUAAACAAUUAUGCAUUGGUAAUUUGCAUUAUUAUUGUUGUGACUGGCCGCUGCGUAUUAAAAAAAUUAUUGCAAUAGAGAGGUGCAACAUUUUCAAUUUCUUGUAACUAACAGACCCAGGACCAAAAGCUUUGCCCUCCUGGGGUGCAGCACAGUGGCGUCACAUAAACCCUGUCACAUAAUUUUAUAUCAUUUUCACCAAGCAGACACUUGCUGACAACAAAAAUGUGUAGCCCACGUACAAAUAUAUUUUCUUGGGUUGCCACUCUGGCGAUCACACCUUCAACUCUGUGACGUAGAGGUCAUGUUUGGUGUACCACAGGGACCGGAGGUCUGCAUCCGGUUAGGUGACAUGGCUCAGGUUAGCGUAGACCGCCGCUUGUUGCAGACGUUCCCAGCUGAAAUCUAGCAAGCCGGCCUGGUUAAUACUAUAAGUGUUCAUAUGCUAAGCGCCGGCUGCAUCACUCAGUGGAUAGUAAAGAUCUUGUGACAUCAUUCGCAAGAGAAGGCUAUCGUGUGCUGGCUUCGUGAUCCAAAUUCUGAAAUCUUAUAGUAAAUUUCAGUUCAUUUUUCAGCAUUCGGGUGUCUUGAUGAAUUACACUUUACUCAAUUGAGAUUACACAGCAGCAACCAUCGCCCCCCUACCGGCAGAUUAAUGGACUUUGCUGCUCUUGCCUCUGCUUACACUAUAGCCCCGCAGCAGCCUACCACCACUGAUUCCCUGCAUGGUGGUUGCCCAUCCAGGCACUAACCAGGCUGUAACCUGCUAAGCUUCUGAGAUCUGAUCAUAUUGGGCAUAUUCUGGGUGAUUUGGUCGUCGGCUCCCUGCGGAGUCAAAGUGUCCACGUGUUUGCCCCCCACUCGGAUGAGCCGUCCAGCGUAAUCUUCGGACCGACGGCUGACCCGAUUGUUUAGCUUGCCCGCUUACUGCUUUGCAAAACACGUUUUUUUGUUGUGUUGUUUGGUUUUUAUCGCCUUUUUUCUAUACAUAAAAUGUUUUUAAAUAUUU